GAUACGUAAAAAUAUUUCAGUACAACUACUAAACUGGAAACAAUCACUCACAGCUGCAUUUGUUAAAUAGUUAGACUGACCCCCCACCAGCAAUAAAACAUCAACAAAGAUGUAUGAGGACAUGAAAAAUAAAACUAUUUUAGUUACAGGUGCUGGAGCAGGCAUUGGUAAUGCUUUGUGUAAGCAAUUAGCCGAGGCAGGGGCAAAUGUUAUCGCUGUAGCGCGAUCAGUCGAACAAUUGAAAGAGCUAAAAACACAACAACCCACCAUACAAACAUUACAAAUCGAUCUAAAAGAUUGGCAACAAGUACGUCAACAAUUACAAAAGGUACCCACAUUAGAUGGACUUGUCAAUAAUGCCGGUAUUGCGAUCAUUAAACCUUUUAUUGAGCUAACCGAACAAGAUUUUGAUGACACCUUCGAUGUCAACAUCAAGGCGGUUUUUAAUGUUACUCAAACUUUAUUACCUAAACUUAAAGACAAUUCUAGUAUUGUUAUGGUAUCUUCUCUGGCAGCCUCACGAUCAUUUGAUGGUCAUGCUGCGUAUAGUGCCACAAAGGCAGCUGUUGAUUCGUUGACCCGUUCAUUGGCUUUAGAAUUGGGUCCACGUAAAAUACGUGUGAAUUCGGUUAAUCCUACUGUGGUCUUGACAAAAAUGGGUCGUGAUAAUUGGAGUGAUCCUGCUAAAGCUGAUCCCUUAUUGGCACAUAUACCCUUACAUAGAUUUUGUGAAGUGCAGGAGGUUAUCGAUGCUAUGGUCUAUUUACUGAGCGAAAAAUCAAGUUUUGUUAAUGGUCAUCAUUUGAAUUUGGAAGGUGGCUAUUCGGUGUCAUAGGUAGUUGUUAACUGGUGUUGAAAAUUAAAAUAUUUUGAAAUGAUUUGCAA